CCAUGCCGAUGUUCGCUUCAUAUAUACUCGAUCGACUUUUCAGAUCGCUUGAAAAACAAUUGAGCAUACAUUUUUGAGGAUUAAUUUCAAUCAAUUAUCGAUCUCUAUGUGUAAAUUACGUCCCUAGCUGGCCAGCGACAAACGCAACAUUACAUCUAAUACCUUCACAUAUUCCUUUUCCAUCUGUUCACUUUUAAUGGAGUCUCCAAUCCUUCCUCCCGAAUUUCGCGCUCCGUAUGGAAUAUCAAACCUACAUACACGCACCGAUGAAAGAACCUUAGAUAAUCCACUCCCACCACCGCCAUACCAUGGAUUCAAUUCUUUUCCACACUCCUCGGAUGUUGAAAACCCACCAUUCGUGGGAUCAAUAAGAUCUGAGCAUCCUCCAAGGCGCAGCAGACUUGCAAAUCUACGUCGUCUUUACCGGAGACGGGUGACCAAAUCACGGAUAAGCGGUCCGUUUACUACCGACAAGAUCGACCAGCAGCUCGGUCUCGGUAUCAUCGACGGGCUCCCAAUGCAUCAUGAUCAAUCGUCUGGUCAAGCAAAAGAUGCAUCUGUCAAAUCCCGCAUAAACGCUGCUCAGUGGAUCGAAAAGAUGAUCUUCCAAUACACCACCUCUGGAGGCGUGACUCGUAGAUGGACGUUAGAGAUCAUCAGUUGGUGCGUUAGUGCGCUAUGUAUGGGUGCCAUUAUCGGUAUCCUCAUCGCCUUCCAGGAUACCGAGAUGCCAGAUUGGCCGAUCGGGCAGAUUUUCAAUAUCCUAUCCAAAGUGGCAUCGGCAGCACUUAUCCUUCCUGUUUCAGAAGCGCUUGGCCAGUUGAAAUGGGAUUGGUUUCAAGGCGAGUCUCGCAAGAUGUGGGAUUUCGAAAUUUUUGACAACGCAUCACGAGGGCCAUGGGGCUCCGCCCUCCUUCUCGUUCGUACCAAAGGAAGAACUCUUGCGUCUCUUGGAGCUGCUGUUACUCUUUUGGCUUUAGCGCUUGAUCCCUUCUUCCAACAAGUCAUUGACUUCCCGCAGCAUUGGGUCGCAAUCGACAACAGUACAAUUCCCCGAAUACUGCACUUAGAUCUUCCUUACAGGAGGACGUAUUUCAAUGGAACAGAGAUGUCGACAAAGGAUUCUGAUGUCACCAACUUGCUAAAAUCAUUCUUCUUUGAUAAAGGAACGAAGUACACAGCUUUUGGUAACGGCACCCGACCAGAAAUACCAGUCUUCUGUCCUACCAGCAACUGUACCUGGCCUGUAUAUGAGACUAUGGCAGUCUGCAGUGCAUGCACAGAUGUCACUGAGCUUCUUGAGUUUGCAUGCUUAAAAGCGAACCUAGAUUGGACAACAACGAGCGCCGCUUCGGCAAAGUGGGAUCCAGUAUAUCAAAAGUCGAUUCAAUGUGGAUAUUUCCUUAAUGCUACAAGCGAAAAUCCUGUUCUCAUGACCGGUUAUAUGGUUGAACCAGGUCCUUCGUAUAAUGGGACUCUUCACAAAGAAACUCUUCUGAUGAGAACCCUUCCAUUGGCUGCCUUUCCGAGGAAAGAGGCUUUAUACGGUGGAUCCAUACACUACUCUCACGUCCGAAACCCGAUUAUAGACUUUAUCGUGGCUAGCACUUCGGGUGGAAAAGAAGCUGUUCAUCAAAAUUCAACGGCCAUCGCAUAUGAAUGCAUGCUGACUUGGUGUGUUCAAUCAAUUCAAUCAACUUAUCAUCGCGCUACCUACAAGGAAGAGAUAGUCAAUGAGUUCAUCAACACGACUAGUGGGCCGUGGCCAUGGAAAACCGAGGGCUACUAUUGGGACGACAUCGGAUGGGCUGCUAACCAAGAGUACACUCAAAACAUCACUCUCAAGCCGCACGAUGACGGGCCAGAGUUCGGGCUCUCAAACAACACUGCAUACAACAUUAAUGGCGUAUUCGACGAUCUAGCACCAUCAUAUUACAUCGACAUAGACGAAUUACCUGAGCCAAUCAUGCGUAGCGAUAUGGCUUUCAGUGGUCCAGAAACCACACAAAUUGUAUACUUCAACCCAUGGAUUGCACCUAAUAACAUCACAAACCACGUCAAACGAUUGUCCGAGGCUCUUUCCUAUCUAAUUCGUUCUAGAGGCUCCCCGGAAAGUAUUGUGGGCGUUGCAUGGAAUGAAGAAAGAUUUGUCUCAGUCACUUGGCCAUGGCUGACCUUACCUCUCUGCAUUUUAAUCCUCAGCGCCUUUUUCCUGGCUGGAACGGUGUACAAAACGGCAAAGGAUGGUCAGGGCAUAGGGGUCUGGAAAACUUCGGCCAUGGCAGCGCUCCUACACGGCGGCAUCUCCGAGGAUAUGCAGAAGAAAAUGAAGGACCCUCAGUCCACGACUGAGACACUGGCAAGAGCGAGGAAGCUCAAAGCACGAUUACUACCAGGCCAGGGCUGGCGCAUUUCUGGCGCAAUAUUUUCUCCAAAAGUCCCAGCAACUAAGGAGCAACAUACGCCAGGAUGGAUAUAAAUUCGUAAUGUUGUUGGCAGGCAUGUUUCAAGAGAGAACGUAUUGAAUUAAUGGAGAUGCUCAGCGCAAAGAAUCUAUGAAUUUCAGACAAACACAGAUGG